GCAUUUCGGCCUGGGGCAUCUUAAUCUUCUCUCCCCGAGCGAACCGCACGGAAAAAACAGAGCACCUUCUCUCCCCGUCUCCCUCCGCCACUGGCCUCCCUCUCCGGCCCCGCCGCCACCGUCCGCGUGAUCGACCUCUGCAGCGAGGAGCUGCCACCAGAACGCUCUCCGCGACCUCUCCAAGUCCGAAGGAAGAAGAUGAAAAUAUAACAGAUGCGGCACUUAUGUACUGAUGAAGAAUGUGCUAUAGCAUCUUGAGGAACAUUCUCUUGGUUCUGUUUUGCCGUUGAGAUUAACAGAAGAGGGGAGUUCGCUGCUGACCCGCGCGUCUCCACAACGGCGCUGUUACAUCCCUACCGACCGGGAGGACUGAAUGUUGUGAGCUGGAGCUGAGAGGUGCAGAUGGAUCCUGCUGACACUCCGGGAGGGGUCGAUCCCUUUUCCAAGACAUCAUGUAUGGAUGGCAAGAUGCAGAGGCAUUCCCAAUUCCCACCGCCGUUGGAGGCAGCGGACUCCGUAUCCAGGGUGCUGGACGACGACGACCUCCUCAUCGAGAUCAUUGUCCGACUGGGCCUGCCCACCAGCCUCAUACGCGCCAUCCUUGUCUGCAAGCGCUGGUUCUUCAUUGUAUCCAACAAGGCCUUUCUCCGCCGCUUCCGCAGCCUCCACCCGCCCCGUCUCCUUGGCUUCUAUGUCUCCACCAGGUCAACUGACGAGCUCUUACCGGUCCUGCUCCGCCCGUGCUUUGUCUCGAUGCUGCCUCAACCCCCAGAGCUUGCCACUGCUGUCCGCCUGGCUGAGAACUACAGUCUGGAGGCAUACGACGAAGAACUUGCGUGCAUUCUUGAUUGCCAGAACGACACCAUCCUUCUCCAUGGCUUCCAAGGCAAGAAGAUCUUGUGGGGAGUGCACUGGCCGCUCUGCCCAGAGAGAGGCGUUGUUGAACCGCCGAUGGCCCCAUAUGACCAAUUCGAUGGCGCUUCACCUGCAGGCACUUGCGCCCAGUUCCUCUUGAAGGAAGAAGGUGACGGUAAGAGCUUGACCUUCAUAUGGUUGUCAAUGGCUUAUCUCAUAGAGGGAAAAAAAUAUUCUAUAAAAUACAAGGCGAACAUAUAUACGCUGCAAGAUGGUCUUUGGCACUGGCGUUCCUCAGCAGCGGCAGUGCUCCCUUCUCCGCGAUCGGAUCUAAAUCCUUUGCUGUCUGGCAAUAAGAUCUAUAUGGAGCACUCCACAAGCAUUGCUGCAUUGAAUUUGACAACCUCAAACUUCACCUCUAUUCCUCUCCCGGAAGGAAUGGAGCGGUAUAUUUGUGAAGAUAUGAUGAUGUCACGGGCCAAUGAUUCAGGGAUUUAUCUCAUACAUCUUGAGAUACUGCAGCUUCGCAUCUGGCUCCAUAGGGGGGACAACAGCGGCAGCAUGAGAAACUGGUUGCUUUUGGAUGACAUUUGCUUGCGUGAGAUGUUGGAUGCUUUGGGGAUGGCAGGUGGUGAGCAGCCUACUCUUUUAAACACAAGCGAAACGGGGGAUAAUCUCCAGUUUGUGUUCUUGAAGAUGGGCCAAUGUGCACUUUACUUGGAUAUUAAACACAGGGAGCUGCGUAAAGUGUAUGAGGUGACAGAAGAUGACCGAACUUUAGAACGGAUUUAUCCUUUUAUGAUGACAUGGCCACCCACAUUCCCUGUGCUCAAGAAUGAUCCUGCAAGUCCUAAGAGAACUUUCAUACGAAGAACAAGGACAAUAUGAAGAGUUGUUUGGCCAGAGCGAUGUUGAAAAUAAGGGCGUUAUGAAGAAUAAGGGCACCCGGCAUCAAGGAAGAGUAGAACGAUGUUGUAGUACCGCCAGGACCUGUUUUCGACCUGUUAUUGUCUCCUUUUUUCUUCUUUGAAAAUGGUGAAUCAAGAGGACUCACCAUGAAACGGUUAUCUAGAGAUUGAAAGGGGUUAGUUUGUUUUACAAAGUUUAUGUAAUAAUAAAUAAUAGGACUCCAAUAUUUGGGGAACGCCAGAUUUGGAGCCUCCUUCGAAUGAACGUAUUGUUACCCA